GCUGCGGGCCGCUGAUCCAACUUGUUGGAGCCUCCAGUAAGCAAAGCAAGUGCCAGUCAGUGUGACCGGGGAGGACGAGCAGAGCGGGGAGCUGGCAGCUGGGUGCAGGGAUGGAGGUUGGCUCAGUGGUCCGUGCAAUGUUUGACUUUUGCCCCAGCGUGUCAGAGGAGCUCACUCUGUUUGCAGGGGACAUCAUUGAAAUUUUGAGUGUGAUAGAUGAGUUUUGGCUUCUGGGGAAUAAAGAAGGGAUUACAGGGCAGUUUCCCGUCAGUUUUGUGGAAGCGCUAACGAUCCCUAGUGUUAAACAUGGAGAAAAGCUUUACGCGUGCAUCAGCGAUUAUACCUCCCACGAGCCUGGAGCCCUGUCCCUACAAAGAGGGGAUCUCGUGGUAUUGGAGGGAACCCUGGCUUCCAGUUGGCUUCAAGGGAGGAAUUGUUGGGGCUCAAGAGGAUUUUUCCCACUGUCGUGUGUCCAGGAAUUUUUUCUCUCCUCCACAAGCCGUCAGCUUUGCCAAAACUUGACGGUUGAACUCCCAAGUCAUGCAAUUGGACAGGCAAAGGCAAUAAUGGGACUCUCCGCCCAACUGGAAGAGGAGUUAGAUUUUAGGGAAGGAGAUAUCAUCACCAUAACUGGAGUUCCAGAACCUGGUUGGUUCGAGGGGGAACUUAAUGGAAGAAGAGGAAUUUUCCCAGAAGGUUUUGUGGAACUGUUGAACCCUUUAAGAGUUGCAGACAGCAGCCAUCUCUCUCAUGAAGUCGAGGACUUUAACCAUAAUGAGUCUACUGAGAUAAUCCCAACAAAGGACAAUAAUAAAAUCAUAGAGUUUGAAGAUGAAGAGGGGACUUUUGCAAUUGCCUUGUACAAAUUUCAGGCUAUGGAGCAAAGAGAACUUGAUUUUGAUGUAGGAGACAGAAUACGAAUAAUUGGCACAUUAGAGGAUGGGUGGCUGGAAGGUGAAUUAUACGGAAAUAGGGGAAUUUUUCCAUACAGAUUUGUAAAAUUUGAGAAAAAAGAAAACAUUUCUCAUGAGGAGCAAUCAAAAAGUUCUGUUCCAGUAGCUCCAAUCUGUUAUCUUGACAUGUCUCCUGUAUAUGAACACAGUGGGACAGAUCCCCAUUAUUGGGACGUUCACAUAGACAAUUCCUCCUCAUCUACAACUCGUGGAACUCAAGAGAAAUCCCAAAGUCAAGAACAAAGUGUAGUAUGCAAUAAUGAAGUCAUUCAAAACGACUAUGAUAAAAUACACAGUUCUUCAACACCUCAGCUACCUCCUAGUCCACAAAAUAAAACACACAGUCCUCUUAUACCACAAACAUCACUGCAAAGGCCUAGUCUACUUACGACUGCGGUUAGAGACCUAAGAGGUAGAACCUGUUUAUCAAAUGGUGCACAGGAGAAAUGGUCCUUGAAGAAGUCAAUGUCUUUAAUGACCACUGAUGAAGUAUCUUAUGUCCAGAAUAGUUCUAAUGAAAGGUCAAAAAACAUAAAUAACAGGAAAAACAGUGCUCCACUUCAAGACAUAGUUCACUGGCUGGAGGACCAGAGGCAAAAAUCAAAAACCUCUUCUAGUUCCAAGGCAAAACGCGAUAGCCCAAACUCUAGGAACAGCCCGUGGACUACAGGGCGAGAGAGCCCAGUUAAUGAUGCACAUAGAGGGAAUACCGGACCUGAUCUUAUGGACUUGGAUUCCCGGCUCACUGAGCAACUUUCACAAUUUGAAAAAAGUCUCUCAAAUCCUGGAAAAAACGGUAACAACAAAGUUUCACGACAUUUUUCAAUUGUGGACUAUAAUUCUGAAACGGACAUCAUGCGGGGAUCGCCACAGAUGCUAAAGCUUCAACGAUCCCCUGAAAAAAGAAAAAAACUAAGACCUCCACCUCCACGUCCUCACAAUCGAUCCAGCUCCUCUUCUUACUUGCCUUCAACGAGCAACUUACAUAGAACUGAAUAUACGGAAAAUACAUCCCCAGCUCUUGCACUCCGACCAUCUAGACCUGCUCCCUUGCCUCCACCAAACAGUCAGAGAAACACGCCAUCGCCGAAACUGCCACAGAGACAGAACACUGCAACCGAUGAGAACUUCAUACUCUCUGACGUUCCAGAUGUGAUGGAUACACCGGAUGACUUAGAGCAGGUGGACAAGGAAGACAGCUCCCCUUGUCCGUUUUUACUCUUAAAGAUAGAAGAUUUGGAAAGGGAAUUGGAGGUGUACAGAAAUACCCGAGAAGAGCUUUGCUUAAUGCUUGAGGAUGAAGACCAGGAUGAGAUGACAAGAGCAGAGACGAUCGAGAAUUUAGAGUUUUGUGAUUCAAACAUUGAAAGCUUGGACCUGGAGCUACAGCAACUGAAAGACAUGACGCUGCUGUCCUCACAGCCCGAGGCCCUGGAAGAGAGUCCAUCUGCCGCCUCGGGCGCCACCGAGAAUUCCGAGCUAAGGAUGCUGGAGAAGAGGUCAAAGGUCAUCGAGGAACUGUUACAGACGGAGAGGGACUACCUGAGGAAUCUGGAGACCCUCGUGGAGCACAUCAUGGUCCCCCUGCAGGCAACUCAAAUGGCGCAUGUGGACUUUGAUGUAUUAUUUGGAAACAUCCAUUCAGUGAUCGAUAUUAAUAAGAAGUUUUUAGGGGCCCUGGAGAACUGUGACUCUGUCGGUGUGAUAUUCCUGGAGCACCGCGCAGAGCUGGAAUCCGUGUACAAGGAGUACUGCCAGAACCACGAGGAGACUCUAGCACUGCUGGAAGCCUAUGACAAGGAUGAGAAGUUCCAGAGACACCUGCGGGAGUGUAUGGAGACUGUCAGGAGCCUGUAUCAAGAAUGGGGCUGCUCCAACUAUAUAAACUUGGGCUCUUUUCUCAUCAAACCGGUGCAGAGGAUCAUGCGCUACCCUCUACUCCUCAUGGAGCUGCUAGGAGCUACCCCCGACUCCCACCCAGACAAGACCCCUAUUAAGGAGGCUGUGCGCGCUGUCAAAGAGAUUAACGUCAACAUAAAUGAGUACAAGCGAAGGAAGGAUCUGGUUGUAAAGUACCGCAAGGGCGAUGAGGAAAGUCUAAUAGACAAAAUAUAUAAACUGAACAUUCACUCAAUCAUCAAGAAAUCCAACCGUGUCAGCAGUCACUUGAAGCAUCUCACCGGACUCGCCCCGCAGAUCAAAGAUGAAGCUUUUGAGGAGACGGAGAAAAACUUCAGGAUGCAGGAGAGGCUGAUCAAGUCCUUCAUCCGCGACCUGUCUGUGUAUCUCCAGCACAUCAGGGAAUCCGCCUGUGUGAAAGUUCUGGCUGCCAUGAGUAUGUGGGAUUUGUAUGCAGACAAAGGAACCAGUGACCUGGAGAAGUUUCAGAAGGCGCAUCGUCACAUCAGCGAGAAGCUCUUCACCGACUUUAAAGAGCGGACGGACAAGUUGGUCAUCUCCCCUCUGAACCAGCUCCUUACAAUGUUUGCCGGACCCCACAAGCUGGUGCAGAAACGCUUCGACAAGCUGCUGGACUUUUACAACUGCACCGAGCGAGCGGAGAAACUGAAGGACAAAAGGACGCUGGACGAACUGCAGUCGGCCAGGAACAACUACGAAGCUCUCAACGCCCAACUUCUGGACGAGUUGCCCAAGUUUCACAACUACGCCAAAGAGCUAUUUGCCUGCUGCGUGCGUGGCUACGCCAACGCCCAUUGCGACUUUGUAAAGCUGGCCUUGGAGGAGCUGAAACCUCUUCUAGCUCUGUUAGGGAUCGGGGGACGAGAGGGGAACAUCAUUGCUUUGUUCCAGGAGGAGCACAGCAAGGUUCUGCAGCAGCUUCAGGGCUUCACUUUCUUCCCAGAGAACCCCCCAUUGCCCGUAAAGAAGCCUUUCGAGAGGAAAACUAUCGAACGUCAGUCUGCUAGAAAGAUCGUUCCCAGCACUGCCAAACACAUAGUGCAGCUGGAUGAGCAUCGAGCACUGCUACUGGCCAGGUACCCACCAGAAAAGCUGCACCAGGCUGAUCGCAACUUCAAUGCAGCGCAGGACUUAGAUGUGUCCGUCCAGGAGGGCGACUUGGUUGCGGCUAUUAAACAGCAGGACCCAAUGGGCAGCCAGAACCGGUGGCUGGUGGACAAUGGAGUGACAAAGGGAUUUGUUUACAGCUCAUUCUUGAAACCAUAUAACCCUCGGCGUAGCCACUCGGAUGUGUCCAUUGGCAGCCACUCUUCCAAUGAAUCUGGCUACGGAGGAUCAUCUCCCAACUUUUCCCGGCAGAACAGCAACAGCACUUUAUCCAUUAAUCCGUGCAACGCCUCUGUGACGUUCACCUCUGCUAAAUCUGCCGCGGACUCCUCUGCACUAAGUAGCGGUCACACAGACUCUUAUUCCCCAUCCAAGGCCAGUUCCGCUGACUUGGCCUCUAAAAAGAGCAGUGAAACAGACUCUGCUCCACAUCCUAGGCUGAUGGAAAAGGAACAAGACUAUUCCAGAGAGAACACGGUCACUAAAGACUUUUCCCAAAAGAAUGACCCCAGCCGAAGGGGCAGCCAGCCAGAAAAUGGGGAUAACUCAGCAUUACAAAACAACGGGGACAAAGGGCAUUUAUCUGCUAACCGCAAAGCGUAUAGAAGAAAAGGUCCUUCACCGAUGGGCAGCGACCUGGAGCCAGAUGGUUCUGAGCUAGAGGGGAACCAGGUGUAUUUUGCUGUAUACACAUUCAAAGCACGCUCGCCAAAUGAGCUGUCGGUCACAGCCAAUCAGAGACUGAAGAUCCUGGAGUUCCGAGAUAUGAACGGGAAUAAUGAGUGGUGGCUGGCUGAAGUGGAAGGCAGGCAGGGGUAUGUCCCCUCCAACUACAUCCGCAAAACAGAGUACACGUGAGAUCGGGCCUCCGCAAGCCGCCGUCGCAUAGAAUUCGGACACUUGUGCCUUUUUCCAAGUUAAUUUUUUCAUUUUUUUUGCUGCUGAACUCAUUGAGAACUGUUUACAGAGAAAGUGGUUUUCUACAGUAGGACUUGGAAUAACCUAGUGGGUUCAUAGUAAGAGACUGUUUUGCGAGUAUUCCUGCAGCGUUUGGCUGGUGCAUUAUACCAACACAAGGUUUAAGAGUAAAUAAUCCGUUACGCCAAUAAGAAGAUCAAUUAAAAGGGAGAGAAGGGGACAACCUGUGGCUAUCCAUCUUAUGUAGAACUACAAGUUCCAGCAUGCCCUGGACAUACUGAGAUUUGUAGUUUCACAACCGCUAUAGUGAGACAGGUUGCUAACCCUGAGGUAGGGCAUUCAUUUUUUUUUUUUUUUUUCUGACAUUAAAAUAUAAAUAUCACCUGGGCCAACUAUAGUGACCCCAGAACAAAUAUAUUAAUGUGUAGGUGCCGUGAUUGAGGUUUUAGUGCUAAUGAAUUUUAAAUAACAUAUAACUGGUCAUUGCAUUACAUUCAAAAAAUAUUGCAAACCAUACACUGAGUAGGUUUUUAUUUAUUUUUUGUAAUAUGACUAUUAUCAAUGCUAAAAUGCUGUACAUUAUAGGAGUGGGGAUAUAAAGGAAGCCAUGAAGCAAAGGCAUAGUUCCAGUGUGAAAUUGCAUUAUUUUAUAAUAGCUGAUUGGUUGAUGAAUCACGUCCUCCACACCAUUCUCCUCCCUCUCAAAGAACAGCUGAAAGCGGACUGUGGCAGCCAUAUUUGUUUGCCCUCCAGAGAGGUAUUGUAAAGGAGACAAUGAUUUGUUGGAUUGCUAAUAAAAACGUAUGUUUAAAGAAAAAGAAAAAAAAUUCUGUGUGGGACUGCUAGCUCAGUAAUGCUCUUUUGCAUGAGACUAAAAGUCUUCGCUUUAUGUUUCCAAUUCAGAAUACUUUUCAGGGAGCAUCAACUGCUAUAUACAUAUAUAUACACCCUGCUCCCGUGUGUGGUGCUGAGUGCAGAAAGAGAAGCAGUAUUACAGAUUUGAAAAGGUUUCCUUAAAUAGCUAUAAUAAAGUUUCUGCAGUAAGUCACAUUGAAAGUGACAAUGUUAUAUAUUAGAUUAGCCCUACCUUAGAGGUUAUACAGUCAGCCAUGCCUGCCUAGAUAUAAAGACAAUGGUGAUUAAUAGGAAAACUAAUCCUACUGUUCUACAGACACGAAAUCUCCGAAUCCUCUCUUCCGUUACUCCGUUUCAUAUCAUGAUUGAUCCUUUCCACCAUCUACGUUGCAUUACAAGGGGUCAAGCAAGAGACGUUUGUAAAAUAUACAAUUUCCUAUGAAAUGAAGCAUUAUAUACUAUGUGUAUCACACAGACAAGCAGCUUGUAGCAAGUGAGACAAGUGGAUUUGACUACUGAAGGGGGUGUAAUAUCUUGGCGGAAUUCUUCUGUUUAAAUUCACUGAUGUUUUUUUUUUUUUUUUGUAUAUGUGUUUUUAAAAACUUAGCCUUUGCACAUUUCCAAAUAGGCACCUUUUAGAGAGCACAAGCUCUUAUAUCGAUUUAGUUUUCUGUUUAGAACAAAAGUUGUAUGAUAUCUUUUGUGUAUUUUUAUACAGUUGAGUUUUUUUGUGAAAGCAGAGAGAGGUAACGGGAUUCCCGUUCAUUUCUAGAGGCUGUGGUUCUGUAAAGAAAGGCAAGUUUGAUGAAAUUGUGCAAUGCUAUAAAACGGAACCAAUAAACCUCAGAUACAAUUA